AUGGGUACUUUUCAAGUGGAUACCUUAUCACCCCGUGUCACUCGUGCUCAGAAUGAUGACUUGCUUCGUCCUUUCGAGCCUGAAGAAGUGAAACACGCUUUGUUCGCCAUGGGUAAAGACAAAUCGCCAGAACCGGAUGGAAUGAAUCCGGGCUUCUAUCAAUCUUUCUGGGAUCUCAUUGGUAAGGAUUUUACUAAUUUUGUUCUUGCAUGUUUAUCUCAAUCUUCCUUUCCCCCUGAAUUGAAUGAUGCCAAUAUUGUUCUGAUCCCGAAAAAGGCUGCCCCUGAGUUGGUUGCUGAUUUGAGGCCUAUUGCUUUAUGCAAUGUUGUAUAUAAAGUAAUGGCUAAGAUGAUAGCUAACCGUAUGAAACCGCUAUUGGAUGGCAUUGUUUUAGAGUCGCAGAGUGCUUUUCUUCCAGGUAGGCUUAUUUCGGAUAACAUCCUUAUUGCAUCUGAGGUGGGUCACUAUCUGAGAAGGAAACAAUUGGGCCGAGAGGGAUGGGCAGCCCUGAAGCUAGAUAUGGCCAAAGCUUAUGACCGAAUGGAAUGGAGGUUUGUAAAACGAAUGUUGUUGGGGCUUGGUUUUGAUGUUAAAUGUGUUAAUUUAAUCAUGCUAUGUGUGCGGACAGUCAGGUAUAGAGUCCUGGUCAAUGGGAAACCAAGUGAGGAGAUCUUGCCCACGAGGGGUCUAAGGCAGGGUGAUCCACUUCCACCCUACCUUUUUAUCAUUUGUGCGGAGGGCUUAUCUUUAUUGUUGCAGGAUGCCCAGGCUAAAGGACGGAUCCAUGGCUGCAGAGUGGCGCGUGGGGCCCCUCCCAUCUCCCACCUCUUCUUUGCGGAUGGCAGCCUACUGUUCUUCAAGGCUAAAAUGCAGGAAACCAUCGAGGUGAAGCGUUGUUUGGAAAUAUAUGAGCAAUUCUCGGGCCAAUCUGUCAAUUUUCAUAAGUCUAACAUCUCUUUCAGUCGAAAUACUACUUUGUUGGACAGGGAUGUUAUUGCCAUGGGUUUAGGGGUGGAGCAGGCGGAGGAUUUUGGCAAAUAUUUGGGUCUCCCCUCAGUUAAACUGAGACAGAGGUUUGGUUAUUGGAAUAAGAGGCUGCUUUCUAUGGCAGGUAAAGAGGUACUUCUUAAAAGUGUUGCUCAGGCAAUGCCUACGUACACUAUGAGUAUAUUUCUGUUGUCUGUAUCGCUAUGUGCUUCUUUGGAAAGAUUGAUGAACAGGUAUUGGUGGGGUAAGAGUACCACGGUAGAUGGGAUACAUUGGAUGGCCUGGGACAGGAUGUGUGUGCCUAAGAAGCAUGGUGGUAUGGGUUUUAAGAGGUUGCAUGAAUUUAAUUUGGCACUACUAGGGAAGCAGGGGUGGCGACUUUUAACCAAUCCGGAAUCCUUAAUGGCCCGAAUAUUUAAGGCAAGAUAUUAUCGUGAUACUACCUUUUAUGAGGCCUCCUUGGGAGGUAAUCCGAGCUAUGUAUGGAGAAGCAUUAUGGCCAGUCAGAGCCUGAUUCGUAGUGGUUGCAGGCGCAGAAUUGGUAAUGGCAGAACAACCAAGGUUUGGUCACACCCGUGGUUACCUGACACCCAGAAUCCGUUUGUGCUUACUGAUCAAGUUACCCAAUCCCCGGAUCUCAGGGUAGCUGACCUGUUGGAUCAUGAUCAGGGGAGAUGGAACCAUGAGCUGGUUUCUCAAUUGUUUGAUCCCAAGGAUACUGGAUUAAUAUUACAAAUCCCAGUGAGUAUUAAUUUCAAGGAUGACUGGUUUUGGAAAGGGGAUAUCAGGGGACAAUAUACGGUUAAAGAUGGUUAUAGAUGCCAAGGGGAGUUGAUCACCACCCCGGACGCAGUCUGGAACAACAUUUGGAAACUUAAGGUCUCUCCCAAGUGGAGGAUUUUUCUAUGGAAGGCUCUUUCUAAUAUUUUGCCAACUAUUACCAACUUGUGGGUGGAGGCUUGGCUAGGAACCUCAGCAAUAUCUGCUGGGUUUCUAAAAGAACAAAUAUGUGAAAUACUCUACGAAAUUUGGAGAGCUCGGAAUAUGGCUGUUUGGGAUUUUGUUCUACCGACCCCCUCGCAUCUAUGUCACGGUUUUCACGGUACUUGGUCUGCCUGGGCAUCGAACAACACGCCGGUUGCUCCCCCCGUUCCGGCUGCUCCCCUUGUUCCGGCUGCCCCCUUACUGCCGUCAGCUCCGGAAAUGGCGAUGUUGCUGCCGCUGGGUGUGGUAAUUUGCUACGCUGAUGCCGGAUUCCACGGCACGUCCCCUUCUUUUGGUUUUUAUGUAUGCAGUGCAGAGGGCAGUUUUGUUGCCGCUGCUAACGGACCUCUUAUAUGCUCGUAUGAUCCUCUCCUAGUUGAAGCCAUGGCAAUACGAGAAGCUCUAUCAUGGCUACAAGAACACAAUUUUCACAACAUUGUGAUUUUUUCGGAUUGUGCGGUCCUUGUUUCUUGCUUUCGCGAUGCGAGUUCCUAUCGUUCGUACCUAGGUGUUAUCUUAGAUUCAUGUUUGCAUUUAUUUCGCUCUUUUCAUUCCUGCUCCAUUAAAUUUGUAUGCAGAGAUGCCAAUACGGUAGCUCAUGCCUUAGCAAAGCAUGUUAGUGCGGUUGACACUCGUACUGUCUGGAGGGAUUCUCUUCCUUCCUUUAUUUCGUCUACAGUUUAA